AUGAAGCUAGAGUUGCCGUCUAGCAGCUCGACCGCAGAAGACCAGAACACAAGCUAUACUGAUCUCCUAAUUGUGGGCGCAGGGCCAGCAGGUCUAACUCUCGCCGCCUGGGCCAGCCGGUAUGGACUAAAAGCUCGCAUCAUUGAUGAUAAGGAAACCCAGGUACACGAGGGUCGGGCAGAUGGCUUGCAUCCAAGGACGAUAGAAAUUCUCGAUAGUUUCGGGAUCGCAACACCAAUCCUCAAAUAUGGAGCGUCGAUACGAGAGAUUUGUUCAUGGAAUCCGUCCGACGAUGAUGACAGCCGCAUCGAGAGAACACAGAGGAUCCGUGACAUGGAGAUGGACCUGAGUCGGUUUGCGCAAGGAGCUAUCAAGCAAGGAUAUAUUGAACGCGCAUUCAUCGACCUGCUCGAGGAUGAAGGUGUUCUCCAAGUCGAACGCAACGUAAUCACUGAGUCCGUCUCUCACGUCGACUUACAACAGCAAAAGCACGGAGAGUAUGCAAUCACUCUCAACGUAGCUCACCGGAACAAGUCAGGAUCAAGCGGUACUGAAACAGCCGAUGUUAUCACGGAAAAUCUCGCCGACAGAUCUCUAGAUAGCGACGUCAGGAGAGAGCAAAUACAUGCCAAGUAUCUGGUUGGCGCCGAUGGGGCACACAGCUGGGUUAGGAAGCAUUGCGGCUUCGAGCUCAACAAAAAUCGAACUCAGAAACACUUCGGUGUUAUGGAUAUAGUGCCCCGGACAAACUUCCCCGACGUGCGGAUCUCCUGUGUCAUCCACUCAGCUCGACAUGGGAGUAUUAUGACUCUCCCCCGCGAAGGUCGCCUGAUCAGGUGCUAUGUUCAGUUGGCCGAAACUGGGGGUGAGGAGGACAGGUUCGAUGACAAGAAGGUCUCUUUUGAAGAUAUCCUCACCAAAGCACAAAAGAUCAUCAGCCCGUAUAACCUGGAAAGUGGGGAAUGCCAGUGGUGGUCAAUCUACACGGUGGACCAUCAGAUAGCCAAAACCAACAGCCUACACGAUCGCAUCUUCAUUGUCGGCGAUGCAGUACAUGCGCAUACUCCGACCAUGGGAGCAGGAAUGAAUGUCUCAAUCCAAGACUCCUUUAAUUUGGGCUGGAAGUUGGCCAUGGUCAUCAAAGGCCUGGCAAAGCCCCAGUUGCUUGACACGUACCGGGACGAGAGGCAUAGGGCUGCCGAAACACUCCUCGACCUCGACCAGGAAAUGUCACAAUUCUUCGUCCAAGGACCUUGUGACAAUUCGAAGAACUACGACGAAUUUCGGAAGAAGUUCACCCCUUUUUUGAGCGGUACAGGCGUCAUAUACGGCCCAUCAGUGAUCAGGGCCGAGGACGACAAUGAUGAACAAGUCAAUGGCGAUUCAGGAAGCCCAGCAAAAGCUGGAAAAUCGAAAUUUCACUCCCAGAAGAGUCUUGCUCGAAACAUCCUGACUGGUCAGCGCCUGGAUUCUCACAUAGUCGUCAAUCAGGCAGACGCAAGUCCUCGUCACAUCCACGACUUCAUGACAUCGACCGGUCCUUGGAGGAUCAUCAUCUUCGCUGGCGACUUGACGAAAACAAAACAAUGGGAACGCCUAGAGUCUCUCGCCAGGCGUCUUUCAGAUCAAAACUCUAUCGUUUGUAGGCACCUGAGGCCGAACGAACCCAAGGAAGCGGCGGUCGAGAUCUUCACUAUCCACUCAGCGCCACGAGUCGAGAUCGAAUUGUUGGACUUGCCCGAGGUGCUGCGUCCUUACCAUGAAACGCUAGGGUACGACUACUGGAAGGUGUUCGCUAGUGAGACUUCGAUCAAAGAGCGCGAAGGAGAUCCGGAAGAUGCCUACAGCAGAUAUGGCAUUGAUGCACAACAUGGGUGCGUCGUUAUAUGUCGGCCUGACCAGCAUGUGUCUCUUGUGUGCGAUAUGGAAGACGUUGACAUGAUAGACGAAUUCUUUGAACAAGUCUUGGUCUCGAGCUGA